AUGCCCCUCAUUCAGGCCAUGCCCACGCCCACGCCAACGCCCAUGCCGACGCCUAUACCCACGCCUAUGCCACACCCAGUCGCCGCUCGCGUCCAGCAGCAGCAGCAUCAUCAGAGCCCAAUCUUCAAGACCUAUGCCAAGUCGAUGCCUGUGACGCCCAUACAGCCGCAGUCACCGGUGGAAGAGACGCCCUCCUACGAGCUCUACGAACGCCACGCCCGCUCCGAUGCCACAUUCCACUUCGACGACGACGAUGUGGAUGAUGAUGAUGACGAUGAUGAUUUGGAGGAUACAUCAUCGCUGGCCAUGAUCACACCGCCGCCACCCUACGACACACCCUACCUACUGGCGAGAAGGACCUGCAACAGUGCGGCGGCUCUAUCGCCGCCACUGCCGCCACCGCGCAGGUUCCGCUUCGGCAAUCGGGAGUUCUUCAGCAUGAGUCCGGGUGGUGGCAGUGCCACGCCCACAUCCACAUCCAAAGGCAGCGCCAUAACACCCACAAAACUGAGCGCCGCUGCGGCGGCCAUGUUCGCUACCCCACAAAUGGCCCAGUUGAACCGGAAGUGGGCGCAUCUGCAGCGGAAGCGGCGACGGCGGAACAGCAGCUCCGGCGACUCCAAGGAGCUCGACAAACUGGUGCUGCAAUCGGUCGAUUGGGAUGAGAAUGAGAUGUAUUAGGCAUUAGAUAUGUAGUGGCAUCAGUUGUAUGGUUUACGAGUGCUAACGAUCCUGGCAAGAUCUGGGUCUACAAAUAUCGUUUCGAUAUCUCCAAAGUGGGUCUAGGGCUGAGGCUGA